UUGGGUUUUUGUGCUUCUCGGACGCGAUGCGAAUGUUCAAGCGAUUGGUACGUGCAAAGCGAACCCAUCAAAGAGGUGUUCUUCGGAAGGGAAAUGAAGCUGAGUGUCGCGCUGUUGACUGUUGAGGGCACAAAGAAAGCAACCGCUCAACCGCACAUCAUACCAGAACAGACGUGAUACCACUCCAAGGAAGAACACCCAACGAAGUAAGAGAACACACAGAACCAUGACAAAGCUAGGCAUUUGGAGACUCAUGACGGACCGCCACCACCAGCAUCGGCUCAAGCUGCCUCACCGCCAAAGGAAUUCCAGAGGCCAGCAUCCUGACGAUGAUUCUGCCGAGAUUGUCGUCGAGAAGUCACCACUCAAGCUGAACGCUCGAACCGAAAACAAGGAUGAUACAACCUACACCAGUGGUUCACAAACGGCCACGGAGGAAUUCGAUCUCAAAGAUUCAACAUCCCUCCACAUGGUCAAGGCAAAGCAUGAUUCCAAGAAAAACAAGAAGCAAGUGUCCUUCGACGGCAUUCAAGUACGUACCUAUGAGGUUAUCUUGGGCGACAAUCCCGAUUGCUCCUAUCCAUUAUCCCUCGGCUGGAGGUAUAACUUGAGCGAUACCAUGGAUCUCGAUACGUAUGAGGGUCAACGCCAACAAGAAAAGGCGCAAAACGUUUCCGCCAAAGAUAUCAACAAGAUGCACAUUGGGCAGUUACUGAGCCUCUCGCCAACCUUGAAUUCGAGCAGCGCCAUUGACUACUCCACCGAGGGAACGCUCUUGCCGUUCCCCCUGACUCUGCACGAACGACGUUUGCGUCUUCGAACUCUGGGUCAUUCCGAAGAGAGCCUACGACAAGCCGAGCGAAAACGCCGAAUCCAAUUGUCCAUGGAGUGGGCUGGUGGUCAGUAUCCAAAGCAGGAAGCAUUCCCUUACAGCAAAAAGUUCUUUCUACAUUACGUGCUCUAAAAGCACUGAAGCAGCGAACGAGGCGUGGGCAUUAUGCAACAACUACAUGUACAUGUACGGCUUCAUUUCCCGGCAUCUAGUAGAGGAGAUUCAGCAUCAUUCAGAAUGGGAAGAGGACACUCUGCCGAUUUUUAAAGUCCAUCUGAAGUCCACGGAGGCGUCGGGAUCAGACGUUAAUUUAAAUGACGGUCUGAGUGUAGGCGGCGGGGCACGUAGCCCUACCGGUACCCGUAUCGAUGGCGGAACAACAGUAUGCGUCUGGAGGCUUCCAGAUGCCAAUUCUUCUCGCCCGGAAACGAAGUCAUCUUCAUAGCCACCUAUCUAGAUUGAUAUGUUUAUUUCAGUAGACUAAUUCAUGAGCUUUCUUGGCGCUCCUGCCUUUCAUCGUGUUGCCAAUGAGGACGAACAAAACGCUUCUAUUGAUACCAAGGUAUCAAGGUACCUUGGCACUGCUCUGUUCGAG